CUUGAGAUUCGCGGAAGAUACAUGUGAUGUGUGUGUGAAAGUCAUUCCCCAAAGUCGUCUUUCUCAGUCUACUUUCUAUUAAAGUAGUAUUUUUCUUGUUAUAAAUAAAUCUUUGUUUCAAGGACAUCUCUUCAGCUUAAGAAGAAUAUGAGUAACCAGAACAAAAAAUUUCAAAUAGAGGCCUUCAAAUACCGGGAAGUCAAGGAUCAGAACUAUGCUGACAAGACUUGGAACAUUCUUGAACAUGCAAUCCAUGAUAUAUUCAUCCACAACACUAGUCAUCUUGAUUUCGAAGAUCUUUACAGACAUGCUUACAAUAUGAUUCUUCACAAGUUCGGCGAAAAGCUAUAUUCUGAACUAGUUGCCACCAUGACUUCUCAUCUUAAUGAGAUAGCCGAAUCUGUUGAAGCCGCGGAAGGAGGUUCGUUUCUCGAAGAAUUAAACGGAAAAUGGAAUGAUUAUAAUAAGGCUUUACAUAUGAUUAGAGACAUGUUGAUGUACAUGGAUAGGACCUAUGUCCCAAGCACCCAGAAGAAACCUGUUUAUGAACUUGGCCUAAACCUGUGGAGAGAAAAUGUUAUUUACUCAAAUCAGAUAAGGACUCGACUAUCGAGUACGCUUUUGGAAUUAGUAUACAGCGAGCGUGCCGGAGAAGAUGUUAAUAUAGAACUGAUUAGAAGCAUAAUAAAGAUGCUGAUGAAUUUAAGUCAUUUUGUUUAUGAACAAGAAUUUGAGACUCCGUUUCUGCAAGGUUCAGCUGAGUUCUACAAGGCUGAAUCUCAAAAACUUAUUGAGUGUUGUGAAUGCGGGGAUUAUCUCAAAGAAACUGAGAGGCGUCUGAAUGAGGAAAUAGAUAGAGUGAGCCAUUACUUGGACCCUAAGACUGAAAAGAAGAUUACCGAUGUGGUCGAGAAAGAGAUGAUUGAGAAUCACAUGAUUACAUUAAUCCAUAUGGAGAACUCUGGGCUAGUAAACUUGCUUUGUGAUGAUAAAUACGAGGAUUUGGGUAGAAUGUAUAACUUGUUCGGCCGUGUUAAUGAUGGUCUCUCGAAAAUAUGUGUAGUGAUGACUUCACACAUUCGAGAGACCGUUCAAAAACUUGGUAUUGAUCUAGAAAGAUUGAAGGAUCAUACUGAAUUUGAGCAGGGGCUCUUGGAUGUGAAAAUUAAAUACGAAAAGAUUAUAAAAUUGGCAUUUAGUAAUGACGAAUUGUUCCAGAAUGCUUUGAAUUCUUCAUUUGAAUUUUUCCGUAUAGAGGAAGAAAGAAAGUCCCAGAUUGAUUGAUGCAGCAAUAGUCCAUGAAGUAACUUGAUAAUGCAUUUUCCUCGGCUACAGUCCUUUAUAUUUUUUUACGCAGUGUGUGUGUUUGUAUAUUGUAAUUAUGAGUCAUUGAGUUGGUUCAAUGUGAAAACUAACUUUUUGAAUGAAGACAAAGUCAUUCUUAGAAACAUCCUUAUUCAUGAAAGUAAUUUGUUUAUUUGAGUGUUUGUUGAAUUGGUUGGUUAUUUUAUUUUAUAUAUAUUUUACUUGGUUUGUUGUCAUAUUGCAUGAUUAAUAUUGUAAAAUCCAAAUUCCGAGAAUACGUUCAAUUAUUCCAAAAUA